ACGAGGAGCCGCAACCUUCCUCCCAGAACAAUGUCGAUGAGCCCCAAACAUACGACGCCCUUUUCUGUCUCCGAUAUCUUGAGUCCCCUCGAGGAGAGCUAUAAGAAAGUGAGUAUGGAGGGCGGCAACCUGGGGGCUCCGCUGGCCUCGUACCGGCAGCCGCAAGUGUCACAGGCGGCCAUGCAGCAGCACCACAUGGGCCACAACGGCGGAGUGUCCGCCGCCUACCACAUGACCGCGGCGGGGGUCUCGCAGCUGUCGCACAGCGCCAUGGGCGGCUACUGCAACGGGAACCUGGGCAACAUGGGCGAGCUGCCGCCCUACCAGGACGGCAUGAGGGGCAGCGCCGCCGCCAGCGGCUGGUACGGAGCCAACCCGGACCCGCGCUUCUCCUCCAUUUCCCGCUUCAUGGGCUCCUCCUCGGGCAUGAACAUGGGCAGCAUGGGCAGCCUGAGCUCGCUGGCGGACGUGGGGAAGGGCAUGGGCUCUCUCGCCAGCACGCCGCGCAGGAAGCGGCGGGUCCUGUUCUCGCAGGCCCAGGUCUACGAACUGGAGCGCCGCUUCAAACAGCAGAAGUAUCUCUCGGCCCCGGAGCGGGAGCACCUGGCCAGCAUGAUCCACCUCACCCCGACCCAGGUCAAGAUCUGGUUCCAGAACCACCGCUACAAGAUGAAGAGGCAGGCCAAAGACAAGGUGUCGCAGCAGCAGCUGCAGCAGGACGGCGGCUCGUGUCAGCAGCAGCAGCAGCAGCAGCAGUCCCCGCGGAGGGUGGCGGUACCGGUUCUCGUCAAGGACGGGAAGCCGUGUCAGGGACACACGCCCACCUCCUCCAGCCAGAACCACCACCAGCAGGGCGCGAACGUCAUGAUCAUGGCCAACACCGCGCCCGGACUCGGCCAGCACCCGAGCCAGCAGGUGAGCAGCACCGGCCACUCUCCGGACCUGGCGCCGCACUCGGCCAGCCCGCCGAGCCUGCAGAGCCAAGUGGCCGGACUCUCCCACCUCAACUCGCCGGGAGCCGAGUACGGCUCGGCCCUGCAAUGCUCGGCUCUCUUGUACGGCAGGACGUGGUGACCCCUAAACACUCGCGUUUCCUCCCCCAAGUCUGCGCCUGAACUUUUUUUUUCCCCGAAGAAAUUCUACGGAAGAGGACGCUUGAUCCAAAAGCUGCUGGAUUUAUUUAUGUAAAUUAUAUUCCACACGAACUGGAGCCGCCCCGAACCCACUUUUAGAAUUCUAACGUGAGCCGUAGAUCUAGCGUGUUUCCUGUAACAGGUUUUGCAUUUCAGCUCUGUUCUGUUGUACCGACUUUUUGGACGCUCUUGCCCGUUUGUUGUCGUUUCACUAUGGUAUUUGUACACGUUUUCA